UUGGCAAAGCUGGCAAACAAUUCAAAUUGGAAAAGUGACACAUUGAAAUUGAAAUGUAAUUUAAAAUAUAAAAGACGUGUUUGCAUGAAAAUUUUGUCCAAAAAUUUAUUGAAAAUUACGAUACCGAAGGUAAUUCAAAAUGUCGUCUGAAUGGUGCACAUGCUAUAAUACGAAACCACAAGAGAAAUCAUGUGGCUGUAUAGACGUCGACGAAAAAGAAUGCGUUUGUCUUCCGCCCUCGAAAGAGAAACUGGCUUCCUUUGUGGAAGUCACGAAGCGCAAAGAGAUUGACGAAAGCAAGUACGGGCGUGUUUUUGGGGUUUCUGGUCCAGUGGUCACUGCUGAAAAUAUGUCAGGCUCCGCUAUGUAUGAAUUGGUGCGUGUUGGAUAUUUUGAACUCGUCGGCGAAAUUAUACGUCUGGAAGGUGAAAUGGCGACAGUUCAAGUCUAUGAGGAGACUUCCGGUGUUACAGUCGGUGAUCCGGUUUUAAAGACCGGUAAGCCGCUCUCUGUAGAAUUGGGUCCAGGUAUAAUGGGUGGCAUUUUCGAUGGAAUUCAGCGUCCGCUGCGCAUUAUAAACGAACUCACCAGUUCUAUUUAUAUACCGAAGGGUGUAAAUGUUACAAGCUUGUCACGCGAUAUAAGUUGGGAAUUUCGCCCUGGCAAGGUAUCAAUUGGUUCACAUUUGACUGGCGGUGACAUUUUUGGAUACGUACAAGAGAACACAUUGGUAAAUCAUAAGAUUUUAAUGAAUCCUCGUGCAAAAGGUACUGUUAAAUAUAUAGCGCCACCGGGUCAAUACACAGUCGACGAGGUGGUACUGGAGACCGAGUUUGAUAAUGUUGUUACCAAACAUACCAUGUUGCAAGUGUGGCCAGUGCGUCAGCCGCGCCCAGUUAAUGAAAAAUUGCCGGGAAAUCAUCCAUUGCUGACUGGACAACGGAUAUUGGAUUCACUUUUUCCAUGCGUUUUGGGUGGCACAACUGCAAUACCAGGUGCAUUCGGUUGUGGCAAGACAGUUAUUUCACAGUCUUUGUCGAAAUAUUCCAACUCUGAUGUCAUUAUCUACGUCGGUUGCGGUGAACGUGGUAACGAAAUGUCUGAAGUAUUGCGUGAUUUCCCCGAAUUGUCCGUUGAAAUUGACGGUGUCACCGAGUCUAUCAUGAAGCGCACCGCUCUGGUUGCGAACACCUCCAACAUGCCGGUCGCUGCUCGUGAAGCUUCCAUUUACACUGGUAUCACACUCUCCGAAUACUUCCGUGACAUGGGCUAUAACGUGUCAAUGAUGGCUGAUUCCACCUCCCGUUGGGCCGAAGCUCUUCGUGAAAUUUCAGGUCGUUUGGCAGAAAUGCCUGCCGACUCUGGUUACCCCGCCUACUUGGGUGCACGUCUAGCCUCCUUCUACGAGCGUGCUGGACGCGUCAAAUGUUUGGGUAAUCCUGAACGUGAAGGUUCCGUCUCCAUUGUCGGUGCUGUAUCGCCACCUGGUGGUGAUUUCUCAGACCCUGUUACCUCCGCGACACUCAGUAUUGUGCAAGUAUUUUGGGGAUUAGAUAAAAAGUUAGCGCAACGAAAGCAUUUCCCAUCAGUAAACUGGCUAAUAUCGUAUUCAAAAUAUAUGCGUGCGUUGGACGAAUAUUAUGAAGAGCACUUUCCGGAAUUCGUGCCUCUACGUUUAAAAGUUAAAGAAAUUCUACAAGAAGAAGAAGACUUAUCAGAAAUCGUACAGCUUGUGGGUAAAGCUUCAUUGGCCGAGACCGAUAAAGUAACUUUGGAAGUGGCCAAGUUGAUUAAAGACGAUUUUCUGCAGCAGAACUCGUAUUCGACAUAUGACCGCUAUUGCCCAUUCUACAAGACGGUUGGCAUGCUGAAUAACAUAAUUACGUUCUACGAUCUCUCGCGUAACGCUAUAGAAAGUACAAUUUCGGAUGAAAAUCGAGUUACAUGGAAUGAGAUACGUCAGGAAAUGGGAAAUAUACUGUACGAAUUAUCAUCCAUGAAAUUUAAGGAUGCACAUAAAGAUGGAGAACGAAGAAUCAUGCGUGACUACAAAAAACUUAACGACGAUAUGCAAGCGGCUUUUAGUCGAAUGUUGGAAUGAAUUAAUUUGGUAAAACUGUUUUGUUUGAUCUCAAAUAAUACUAAUGAUACCGUUAUUAAUAUUUUUAUACUCGAAUUCAACUUAUUGCAUAACACUAAUGAUACCGUUAUAAAUAUUUUUAUACCAUUGCAUAACACAUACACCGAAAUAGAAAACUUAAGCAUUUUCGUUUGCUGAACUUGUAACCGAAUAACGGAUUUUUGUUUUCAUUUU